CGCCACUGACGAUCGGCAUGUGAAAACUGUCAAACGAUUAUCGACAGCACAGAAGAAGCCUCAGGAUCGUCCAUUUCGCUGUCCGGACAUAUCAAGAUACAUCGAAGCAAAUUUGGGACUGUAUGUAUCAAACAGUUGUUAAAAUGUUUAACAUUUGUUAAGAAGGGAUAAAGGAAGAACAAUUUUGUUCGGUGUGCAAAGUUGUAAAUAACGUUAACAUAUCUAUUCUGUAACUUUGACAUUAUCACACAUUUUGGUGCAAAUAUAAUAGCUAUGUGAUAAUACAGUGUACAGAUAAAUAACGAUAGCGAUAUUGUGGUUAAAAGUUACAAAAUAUGCGUACUCGCCAUUGAGUUUCAGUGAGAUAAGCUUCAACAGAACGUUUUGCAGAACGUCGUGAUAACAAUUGCGUAACAUGAGAACACGAAGUGUUUUGAGAAGAUUCAUGCUGUUGAUUGUUUUGCUGAUGCAUCAUGAAGAUCAUCUUGCAGCGGGAAACGAAGAAACAUGCAAGUCAAAGAUGAACCAUGAUGCUUAUAUGCAUCGAAAUGAUCUUUCCUGCCAGGACGAUGCCUUGGAUAAUAAUUUCUCUUUCAUCCAGCGAUACAAAUCAACAAGAUCUUGCACGCCGGAUUUUGAUGUAACAGAUACGCUGAAAUAUCAACGGAAAACGAUUUUUAUCAUUUCGUUGCGUUUUAAUCCUUGUGCGAUCGAUAUGAGAUAUCGAUGGGCGAUUCUUUUUUUGCAAUUGCCCCAAAAAAUGAGCGACGACUUCCUAUUAAACCGUGGCAAACAUGAUUUUUGUCAUGUGGAAUUUUAUUCCGCAUUUUGCUAUUUUCUUCUGGAAUUCAAUGUAGAAGCCGUGGCAAUUCUUACAUUCACAAUUGCGAAUAACGUAUUUAUGGGCGCUGUAAUUCCUGAUUACGGCUCUGUCAGACGCUUUCCAUCGGUUUUCGCGCUCGCGGCGCGCAGUCGGCGCUAAGCGA